AUGCGAGACGAGCUGCACAACGUUUCCAGGUGGCGUAGUUCCCUGUCCAGCCCCUCCCCCUCCUCAUCCCCCGGCCCUCCUCUGAGUCGAGUGGCCGGAGUGUCGCCUAUCAGUCCUUCCCCUUCAGCCAAACCCUGCGCCACAACCCAGUCGUCUGAAAGACAUGCCCCAUCCCUAUCCUCCCCGCUCCACCCGGUCCUCCAUCGGACGCUGAGUCCAGUAGGGAAGGAGCUCUCCCCUGUAGCUGAGAGGACUCCCACGUUCUUCCCUCACAGCCGCAGCCGCAGCCUCCAGUGCUCCGCCCUCAGUCCCCAGUCAUCCAUGGAUAGCGACCUCGGUGCUUCAGAGGUGGAGGACGACUCCAUCACUCUGGGAUACAAACUGCAAGACCUCACGGACGUCCAGGUCAUGGCCCGACUGCAGGAGGAGAGUCUAAGGCAGGACUACGCCAGCACGUCAUCCAUCCUGGCCAGCCGCCGCAGCCAGAGCUUCACCUUCCAGCUCAGCCAGCUCAGCGCCGGCCCCGACCUGGAGGAGGAAGACGAGGAGGACGACGAAGACUACGGCCUCCUGCCCCCCCCGCAGCCACGCCUCACCCGCCUGCCACACUCCCACACUUUCUCCAGCAUCCGAGACUGGCGAAGAAGCACAAGUUCCCUCUCCACCCCUCCUUCCACCCCCUCAACUCCUCCGUACCUUUCCGCUGGGUUCGCCUUUCAACAUCAGCCCCAGGGACUGGGACUGGGUGUGGGCAGCCCCUGCGCAGCCGAGCAGCAGGGCUUCAGACCAGGAUCAGCCGAAUAUGAGAAUAAGCUGCGGAGGAGCAUGCCUAACCUUGUCAGAGCUCCCAGCAUGCCUAGUGUGCCCAUUCCAACCAAUCCUAGUGCUUCCCAUUCUUUGCUUCGUAACAGCCAGAGUUUUGAUUCGUCCAGUGGGCUGGCUCGACUGCACUCCUCCAUCCCCUCCCCAGGUCAGCUGCAGAACAGGGUCCACAGCGUCGGGAAUUUCGCCUCGUUGUCGCGGCAACCAUUGAAGGCCACCGCCUACGUCAGUCCCACCAUCAAGGGCUCGCCCUCAAUGCAGACCUCCAACAGCCUCCAGUCUCUGAACAGCGGCAACAGCGGGGAUAACAACGGGGUCGGCAGUGGCAUCCCACUGCCCAGUAAACCGGCUGGCGGGGGGGGGAUGCCCACUUCCACCCCAAACACUCCCCGCAGCAGCCUGCCUCGCCCCGCCUCCUUUGUUGGCACCACAAGCUCCACCCCCCGCAGCAAGGUGGCCCAACCAGCACGAAGUUUACUGACGCCUCCAAAGAGCUUGUCCACCCUCAGUGCCCUUCGUGACAGCAACUGGAGAGACGGCUGCUACUGAUGAAUGGAUGAGCUGGCGCAGUAGCGCAGUGGCACCCCGCUGGCUGGGGUAACUCGCUACACCUCAACAUAAAAGGUUUUCCAAGGGGACAUUUGAAUGGGUUUGACCAAAAAUGAACUGUUAAGUUGACCUUAAAUCUGAGAUCCUGCAUUGAAUAGUUCACUGUCAUCCCAAAGGGACUACAGCUGAACUGAUCUCUCCUGUCAUCCAUUCAGUUCUAUGCAGAAUUUCUUCGGGGAAGGUGGGUUGUUGGUCCGUGCCAAGGGGGAGUCAUUCCCUGUUGCUCUUGUGCAAUAAACCAUUGUGACUGUAGGGUACCAUUAAUACUAACCUGCUAAAGAGGGCUGCCAGUUUUUAUGAAAAGAGCAUCACAAUACUGUAUGUAUUUAUUUAUUUAUAUAUUUAUUUUGAAUAAAAGUUUUUUUGACUAAUCAGGUGUUUUCUCUCUGGCAACAAGCGCCAAUGAUGCUGCUAAAAUUGAGUGAGUCCCUGUUAGUUUGGGCACAUUUGGUAAGAUUUUUUACAGGCAAGAUAUUUAAGUAUCUGUGUACAAAGCUAACUACUAAGUGUGCAUACAUAUAUAUAUUGAUGCAAUAUUGUUGAAUUUUAAAUGGGAAUCUUGACCAAAAUGAAAAUGUCUGAAUGUGUUUACAAAAUUGUCUCACUAUGGCGUCACAAAACUUUGUGAAUAUUAACACUUCAAAAUUGUUUAAUGACCUGUAAGAGAUCUGUUCUUGUUGCACUUUGUAUAAAUCUCUGAACUUACUGAUAUUUUUAUGUUCUGUUUACUAAUGUUUGCACUUCUUUUACAUUUGAUCUUCUGGAUUUCGGGGAAACAAUGUUAAUUCAAUGUUUUGGGGAGAUUUCACAGUUCCACACGGCAUAAUGUAGCACCCUUUGUUUGUAAUAUUGGACUUGUGUUUUUAAUUAACAGUGACCAUGGCACAUUUCACACAAACCCAACACUUUUGUUACUGUGAUUGACUGAAUGAGUGAAGCAUUUUAAUAAAACACACCAAACUAAA